GUAGCUAAACUGAAAUUUUAUCCUUAGCUACGGAUUCUAUCCGUAGCAAAAUCAGUGUGACUUACUAGCUACGGAAUUUCCGUAGCAAAAUUGGAUUUUCAAAUCUAACGUUCAAGUUUUUUCCCCCAAUUAAAACCUAGUUUUUUCUCACUAUUCCAGCCGCGACUGGUCUUCCAUUUCUCCCACCGCCGUCCUCUCACCGGCGUCGCCACCGUCCUUGCUCGGACGCUCAUCGUCGCAGCCGCCGUCGAUUGGGAUUGCACUGCCCUCGCCCAGCCCUACCCCGUCGCUCGACUCCAUAGCUGCAACAAUUGGACGUUCCAUUAGGCGUGGCAGUGCGGGUGCUACGCGUGGUGGUGGUAGCAGUAGUACUAGUGUUGCACGUGGUGGGGCUAGUAGCGCAUCCUCAGCACACCCAGCAUCAUCAGAUGUCCAUGUGGAGGAGGACUCCGUCGAGGAUGUAGAAUUUUCCAACUCUCAUACGUCAGAUAUAGUGGUUGAUGGGAAGAUCGCGAUGCCAAUAUCACGUACUGGGGUGGUAGGAUCACACAAGAAGAUGUCUAGUGUGAUUACCACAUCUUUCAAGAAAGUGAAGAAUCCAAAUGGCUUUAAUUGGAAAUUAACUCCCAACAACAUCAAAAAAUUGUACUUUGAUGAAUUCAAAAAAGUGUACACAUGGCCUGAAAAGUUUGAGAAUCAAGUCUACAAAAAAUGGUCUCAAAGGGCAGCCAUGAGGUAUAGCGACUUCGUGCACAACAUGAAGUUAAAGAGGGAUGAUGCAGUUGAGGGAGGAGGUAUGCCUGGAUACAUUGACGAGGAUGCAUGGAAGGACCUUUGUGAAUAUUGGGAUACCGAAAGUGUCAAAGCAAAGUCGGAAAAGGCAAGACAAUGCAAGUUAUCUGAACCUGAUGGACCGGGCACCGGGAUUGUCAAACAUAAGGGUGGGUCAAAAUCUGUUGAGGAUAUCGCUCAAGAGUUGGCUGCAGCGAAGGGAGUCCCAGUGUCGAGUGUGAUAUAUGACUCUUUUCGAGCUUUACACGUGAAGAAGGAUGGGACUUACACCGAUAAGAAGUCUGAAAGAAUCGAUGUGGAGGUACAAGAAAUUGCUACAGAGAUGGGCCAAUCUAAUCCUGAUACGCCCGUGGAUAUGAACAAGAUUUAUCUAGAUGUCUUGGGAGGCGGUUUAGAUAAAAAGCAAAGAUUGUUCGGCACAGGUAGUCUCGCAUUGACCUUGAAGACCAAUAUAUCGGGAGAGAGUAGUACUUCAGCUAUGUCCGACAUUGACAAAGAGCAGUAUGCCACUCGCCUAGGAGAUGUAGAGGAGCAGCUUCAAGAGGAGCGAAAAAGGACAUCUCGAUUAGAAGAACAGGUUAAAGUUGCGAUGGAGAUUAUCAAGCAGUUGCAAGGGCAAUCAAGCAGUGCCACUAGCCAUCCAGAUCCACCAUCACAUGUUCCAUGAUUAUACAUGUGUUUUGAUUUUGAUAUCGACUAUCUCUAGGUGUUUGAAUUUAAAAUACUUGUUAGAUAUGUGAUUUUUAAACUAUUUUGGUUUGUGACUACUAUUUCUAGGUGUUUGGUUUUGAAAUACUUGUUAGACACGUGAUUUCUAAACUAUCUUGGUUUAUGACUAUUUUGGUUUAUGACUUUGAUAUUGACUAUUUUGGGAUAA